AUGAUUAUGACAUUAGGCCGUCAAGGCAAAGUUAUAGAAGCUAGGAAGGUGUUCGACGAAAUGCCUCGAAGAGAUGUUGUUUCUUAUGCUUCAAUGAUUACUGUUUAUUUAAAACAUAAGGAUCUUCCUAAAGCUGAGAGGUUGUUUUAUUCCAUGCCUGAGAGAAAUGUAGUGUCUGAUUCUGCUAUGGUUCAUGCAUAUGCUAAAGUUGGCAGACUCGAUGAGGCUCGAAGAAUCUUUGAGCGAAUGCCUGAUAGAAACGUUUAUGCGUGGACCAGUUUGAUUUCUGGGUAUUUUCAGAACCGUAGAGUGGAUGAAGCUCGAAAGUUGCUUCAAGAAAUGCCUGAGAAAAAUGUGGUUACCUGGACUACAGCAAUGGUGGGCUUUGCUCAAAAUGGUUUGAUUACUGAGGCACGACGUAUUUUUGAUCAGAUUCCUCAGAAAAAUGUCAUUGUUUGGACGGCGAUGAUCAAGGCUUAUGUUGAAGAUAGUCAGGUGGAUCAAGCUCUUGAGCUCUUUGAUAAGAUGCCUGAACGUAAUUUAUAUUCUUGGAAUGUUAUGAUUCAAGGUUGUUUACAUGAUAACAGGGUGAACAAAGCUUUGGAACUAUUUAACGCAAUGCCAUGGAAAAAUGCAGUUUCUUGGACAACUAUCGUUACUGGUCUUGCACGAAAUGGGUUGAUAGAAUUGGCAAGAGAGUACUUUGAUCAAAUGCCAAAUAAGGAUCCAGCUGCGUGGAACGCUAUGAUAACGGCCUAUGUUGAUGAAGGCCUAGUGUCUACGGCCAAUGAACUUUUUGAUUUGAUGCCUAAUAAAGAUAUUGUAAGUUGGAAUGUAAUGAUUGACGGGUACGCAAAAAGUGGCCUUGAGGGUGAAGCAUUGAAGUGUUUCAUUCUCAUGCUUCGGUCGGGCUUAAGGCCUAAUCAGACUACUCUUACCAGUGUAGUGACCUCGUGUGUGGGCAUCUUGGAGUUAUUGCAAGCACAUGUUCUUGUUUUACUGCUAGGAUUUGACCAAGACACUUNUAAGAAAGAAAAUGAAGGAGAGAAAUGUGAAGAAAGUACCCGGUAUUAG